GUCAUCUGCUGCGCAAGAAGCUGUCGGUCGGUCGGUUGGGUGGGUGUGUGUAUGUUGGUUUGUGGCGUAUCCUGCAGUCACAGUGCCGUGCUUGUUGUAAUUGUUGUUGACGAAAAGUGGACCAACCGAAUCCAUCUUCUUCCGCACGACCCUGAUCGCCGGCGAUCCACAUCCACAAGACGACAUCGAGAAUUCUCCGUCGCAGCCGCGGGCCACACACGGGUUUACCGAAGGAGAUGUUCUGCAGCAUCGGCAAAUCGUCCGUCGGUCCAACUUUACCAUUCAUGAGUGCAGUUUCGGGCUGAACUGCCACACCACCAGCUCGUCGCGACCUGUACUCGCCUGGGGAGUGAGUGUUUCUAUUCAGUGGUUCCGGGGCAGCAAACACACAAACCAAACACGGCAAACAGUAACAGCAAGCGACGCGGCAGCCGCGUAAGGAUGUUCUCCAGCAGUGGACGGCUGCUGAAGCGGCUGGCCGUGCUGGAUUUCGAUCACACCGUCUGCGAACACAACACGGACGUAGUGGUGCGCGAUCUGCUCGGGCCGGGCGGGGUACCGCCGGACGUGCAAAGCAUACUGCGCUCCUGCGGCUGGAUCCCGUACAUGCAGCGCGUCUUCCGGCUGCUGCACCAGGGCGGCUUCCAGCCGAUGGACAUUGCGUCGGCGAUACGCGGCAUACCGGAGGUGCCCGGGAUGAAGUCGUGCAUCGGCAACCUGGUGCGGCACGGGUUCGACGUGAUCAUCAUAAGCGAUUCCAACUCGGAGUUCAUACGGCUGUGGAACGAUUUCAACGACAUCGGCUCGUACAUACACAGCGUGUUCACAAAUCCGGCCCGGUUCGAUGGCAGCGGGCUGCUGGAGCUGCGCCCGUACCACUACCAGACGGAGUGCUCGCUCAGCUCGAAGAACCUUUGCAAGGGUAAAAUAAUGGAAGAGUUCCUGCGCCGACAGCACGACGAGCGGCAGGUCGAUUACGAGAAGGUGUUCUACGCCGGGGACGGCAAGAACGACGUGUGUCCGAUGUUGCGGCUCGGCAGCAAUGGGUACGCCUGUGCCAGACGUGGCUACUCCUGCCACGAUGCGCUGCAGGGUGCGAUCGGAAAGCUGGAGCACCCGUACGCAGCCAAGGUGCUGCAGUGGACGGAUGGGCACGAGCUGAACGACCUUAUAUGGACUGAACUGGAGGACUGAUCUUUACAGCGCCGUACUGUAUUCACCCUGCUCAGCACACCGGUUGCCAAAAUGCUAUUGCAUGUGUGCCGGUGUGCUGUGGUUGGCAUUUUUUAAAGACUCCAUAAUGGUGGUGAAUUUACUACAUUUUGUUUCUUUUUUUGUCCUAAUAAAAUAACGUUGCAAACGAAAA